AGGACGGAUCCGGUGACGACGACCAUCUUCGUUUGAUGGGCUUUUGAACUCACAGAAGCAACUCUAUUAAUCUCCUCUGUCAUCCACCUUGUCGACUUUACAUGUCCAAGAAUAACUCUAAUUACCCCCCCAAAAUGCCGAUGAUUCGCCUCAAAACGGCGUUCCCUUUGAUCGCCCUCUUCUCCAUCGGGUUUUUCUUCUGGUGCAUCGAACGCUUCGAUCGCGAUGCCCUCCUCCGCUUUAAGCACGUCGACCGCGUCUCUGGAUCGGGCUCCCCGCAGAUCCAGCUGCAACCUACACCCCCCACCGCGAAGACAUGCGACGUGGACCCCGGUCUCCUGCCUCCUCUGCCCAUGAGCGAAUGGCUUCCUCGCAAGAACUACACCCGUGCCUACUUCCGUCCUCACCAUGUGAGCCCCAAGACCGAGUUUAACUCGCUCGAGGAUAUUGAGAUCCCGGUGCUCCCUCCUAUGACCAUCAUGGAGCGCGGGAUGAUCGUGUCCCCCGAGAACGAGGACCCGCUGCCCUGCCCCCCUAUCAUCGAUGUCAACGUUGCUGCCGACCACGACGUGGACGAGACCGACAAGCUCCUGUUCGGUCUGGCCACCACGGCUGACCGUCUGGACCGCUUGCUUCCUUCUCUGCUAUACUCCUACGGAAACACCAAGGCCGGCAUCAUUGUGCUUGUUCCGGAGUCGGACGACGACAUCCCCAAGCAGGAGGCUUACUUCCGCAACCGUGGCUUGGACCUGACCUUGAUCCAGUCCCCUCUUGACUUCACUGCUCGUUACUUCGGCCUGGUGGACGCAUUCUCCGAGCACAUCAAGACCAAGCGCCCCCAGACCCAGUGGGUGAGCUUCAUCGACGACGAUACCUUCUUCCUGUCUCUGUCUACCAUCGCCGAGGAGCUGAAGCUUUUCGAUGUGAGCAAGAAGCACUACAUUGGCGCUUUGUCCGAGGCCAGCUGGCAGGUGGACACCUUCGGCCACAUUGCUUUCGGAGGUGCCGGUGUGUUCGUCUCCAAGCCUCUUCUCGAUGUUCUGAAGGAAUACUACGAUGAGUGCCAGUCGUGGGGCGAGCAGCCUGGUGACCAGAAGCUCGGUCAGUGCAUCCAGAGAUACGGAGACACCCCUCUUACCCUCUGGCCGUCGCUGUACCAGAUGGACAUGAAGGGCGAGGUUGACGGUGUCUACGAGUCUGGCCGCAAGAUUGAGUCUAUGCACCACUGGAACAGCUGGUACAGCAAGGACGUCGUGAAGAUGACCACUGUGGCCGCCGCGGCGGGUCGCCGGUCGGUUCUCCGCCGCUGGGUCUUUGACCAGGAGGAGAUUGUCAACAACGCGACCGGUCGCUCCACCCGCACGUUCUGGGUUUUCACCAACGGAUACUCGCUCGUCAAGUACACCUACGACGAGAACACCCCCGAUGAUGCGAUCAACUUUGACCACACGGAGAAGACCUGGGAGGAGGACCCCCGUGGCUACGAGGCGCGCCUGGGACCCCUGCGUGAAAGGGACCAGGAGGGCGUCACCAAGGAUCGUUGGUUGUUGCACGAGGCCUUCGUGGUUGGCGAUAACGUGCACCAGUGGUAUGUGCGUGAAGAAGAUGAAGGCCACAGCGUGAUCGAAAUUGUCUGGCUCGGUCCCAAGGGUGGCGGUGGUGCCGGGAUUCGCGAUUUUGGUGUCCGGAAACAGCACCACUAGACCCUUCCACUCUUCAAAUGAAAGACCACGCGACCGAGACUGAGGCUGGCCCUUGGGAUC